CCCCUUUCCUUACUCCUCCCAGGAAGCGGUGAUAGACAGUUCUGUGUGGUUCUCCACCCCCACCCCCCCACCCCCCCGGCAGAGUGGAGGAGUUGAUGUGUCUCAUUAUAACAGCCAAUGCAGCCGCCAUCCACGCACAAGCAAAGAAGCAUGUCCCAUUUAAAUACACCCACGCAGCCCCAGCGCCCUUAGCUGAGCAGGGCGCGCAGCCCACACGCACCGCGGCUCCGGGCUUGGAGAUCCGCGCAGGUUGGGCUCCCGGACCCGGCGGACCGAAGAGCGGAGGAUCGGGAUCGGGUGUUGUGGGGCCGGAGUGGGCGGGGGAGGCUGCGCCCGGGGCCUCUGGCGCGACACCCGCAUGAGGACGCGAGUGAAAUAGACCAAGGUGGAAUUUCCAAGGGAGAAGCUUCAGGGUGGUUUUGGACCAUUUCUCCCGCGAAGAAGUAGACAUGGCGAGCGACUCCCCGGCUCGCAGCCUGGAUGAAAUCGAUCUCUCGGCUCUGAGGGACCCUGCAGGGAUCUUUGAAUUAGUGGAACUUGUUGGAAAUGGAACAUAUGGACAAGUUUAUAAGGGUCGUCAUGUUAAAACGGGCCAGCUUGCAGCCAUUAAGGUUAUGGAUGUCACAGGGGAUGAAGAGGAAGAAAUCAAACAAGAAAUUAACAUGUUGAAGAAAUAUUCUCAUCACCGGAAUAUUGCUACAUACUAUGGUGCUUUUAUCAAAAAGAACCCACCAGGCAUGGAUGACCAACUUUGGUUGGUGAUGGAGUUUUGUGGUGCUGGCUCUGUCACUGACCUGAUCAAGAACACAAAAGGUAACACCUUGAAGGAGGAGUGGAUCGCAUACAUCUGCAGGGAGAUCUUACGAGGGCUGAGUCAUCUGCACCAGCAUAAAGUGAUUCAUCGAGAUAUUAAAGGGCAGAAUGUCUUGCUGACUGAGAAUGCCGAAGUUAAACUAGUGGACUUUGGCGUCAGUGCCCAGCUUGAUCGAACAGUGGGCAGGAGAAAUACCUUCAUCGGGACCCCUUACUGGAUGGCACCAGAAGUCAUUGCCUGUGACGAAAACCCAGACGCCACAUACGAUUUCAAGAGUGACCUGUGGUCUUUGGGAAUCACCGCUAUUGAGAUGGCAGAAGGUGCUCCCCCUCUCUGUGACAUGCACCCCAUGAGAGCCCUCUUCCUCAUCCCCCGGAACCCAGCGCCUCGCCUGAAGUCGAAGAAGUGGUCAAAAAAAUUCCAGUCAUUUAUUGAGAGCUGCUUGGUAAAGAAUCACAGCCAGCGACCAGCAACAGAACAAUUGAUGAAGCAUCCAUUUAUACGAGACCAACCUAAUGAACGACAGGUCCGCAUUCAACUCAAGGACCAUAUCGACAGAACAAAGAAGAAGCGAGGAGAGAAAGAUGAGACCGAGUAUGAGUACAGCGGAAGUGAGGAAGAAGAGGAGGAGAAUGACUCAGGAGAGCCCAGCUCCAUCCUGAACCUGCCGGGGGAGUCCACGCUGCGGCGGGACUUCCUGAGGCUCCAGCUGGCCAACAAGGAGCGUUCGGAGGCCCUGCGGCGGCAGCAGCUGGAGCAGCAGCAGCGGGAGAACGAGGAGCACAAGCGGCAGCUGCUGGCCGAGCGCCAGAAGCGCAUAGAGGAGCAGAAAGAGCAGCGGCGGCGGCUGGAGGAGCAACAAAGGCGAGAGAAGGAGCUGCGGAAGCAGCAGGAGAGAGAGCAGCGCCGGCACUACGAAGAGCAGAUGCGCCGGGAGGAGGAGAGGCGGCGCGCAGAGCACGAGCAGGAGUACAUCAGGCGACAGUUAGAGGAGGAGCAGAGACAGUUAGAGAUCUUGCAGCAGCAGCUACUGCAUGAACAAGCUCUACUUCUGGAAUAUAAGCGCAAACAACUGGAAGAACAGAGACAAGCAGAAAGAUUACAGAGACAGCUAAAGCAAGAGAGAGACUACUUGGUGUCUCUCCAGCAUCAGCGGCAGGAGCAGAGGCCUGUGGAGAAGAAGCCACUGUACCAUUACAAAGAAGGGAUGAGUCCUAGCGAGAAACCAGCAUGGGCCAAGGAGGUAGAAGAGCGGUCAAGGCUUAACCGGCAGAGUUCGCCGGCCAUGCCUCACAAGGUUGCCAACAGAAUAUCUGACCCCAACCUGCCCCCGAGGUCGGAGUCCUUCAGUAUCAGUGGAGUUCAGCCUGCUCGGACACCCCCCAUGCUCAGACCAGUUGAUCCCCAGAUUCCACAUCUGGUAGCUGUAAAAUCCCAGGGACCUGCCUUGACCGCCUCCCAGUCAGUGCACGAGCAGCCCACCAAGGGCCUCUCUGGGUUCCAGGAGGCUCUGAACGUGACCUCUCACCGCGUUGAGAUGCCGCGCCAGAACUCGGAUCCCACCUCUGAAAACCCUCCUCUCCCCACUCGCAUCGAGAAGUUUGACCGAAGCUCUUGGUUACGACAGGAAGAAGACAUUCCACCAAAGGUGCCUCAAAGAACAACUUCUAUAUCCCCAGCAUUAGCCAGAAAGAAUUCUCCUGGAAAUGGUAGUGCUCUGGGACCCAGACUAGGAUCUCAACCCAUCAGAGCAAGCAACCCCGACCUCCGGAGAACUGAGCCCGUCUUGGAGAGCCCCUUGCAGAGGACCAGCAGUGGUAGUUCCUCCAGCUCCAGCACCCCGAGCUCCCAGCCCAGCUCCCAAGGAGGCUCUCAGCCUGGCUCGCAAGCGGGGUCCAGUGAACGGACCAGAGUUCGAGCCAACAGUAAGUCGGAAGGAUCGCCUGUGCUCCCCCACGAGCCUUCCAAAGUGAAGCCAGAAGAAUCCAGGGACAUUACCCGACCUAGUCGACCAGCUAGCUAUAAGAAAGCGAUAGAUGAGGACCUGACGGCAUUAGCCAAAGAAUUACGAGAACUCCGGAUCGAAGAAACAAACCGCCCGCUGAAGAAGGUGACUGAUUACUCCUCCUCCAGUGAGGAGUCGGAAAGUAGUGAUGAAGAGGAGGAAGAUGGAGAGAGCGAGACCCACGACGGGACGGUGGCCGUCAGCGACAUACCCAGACUCAUACCCACAGGAGGCCCCGGGAGCACCGAGCAGUACAAUGUGGGAAUGGUCGGCACGCAUGGGCUGGAGACCUCUCACACGGACACUUUCAGCAGCAGUAUUUCAAGAGAAGGAACCCUGAUGAUAAGAGAGACGUCUGGAGAGAAGAAGCGAUCUGGCCACAGUGACAGCAAUGGCUUCGCUGGCCACAUCAAUCUCCCAGACCUGGUGCAGCAGAGCCGUUCCCCGGCCGGGACACCAACUGAGGGCCUGGGGCGCGUCUCCACCCAUUCCCAGGAGAUGGAAUCCGGGACUGAAUACGGCAUGGGGAGCAGCACGAAGGCCUCCUUCACCCCCUUUGUGGACCCCAGAGUAUACCAGACGUCUCCCACUGAUGAAGAUGAAGAAGAUGAAGAAUCAUCAGCUGCAGCUCUGUUUACUAGUGAACUUCUUAGGCAAGAACAGGCCAAGUUCAAUGAAGCAAGAAAGAUUUCAGUGGUAAACGUAAACCCAACCAACAUUCGACCUCAUAGCGACACACCAGAAAUCAGAAAAUAUAAGAAGCGAUUCAACUCGGAAAUACUUUGUGCAGCUCUCUGGGGUGUAAACCUCCUGGUGGGAACGGAAAAUGGCCUGAUGCUUUUGGACCGAAGUGGGCAAGGCAAAGUCUAUAAUCUGAUCAACCGGAGGCGAUUUCAGCAGAUGGACGUGCUAGAGGGACUGAAUGUCCUGGUGACUAUAUCAGGAAAGAAGAACAAACUACGAGUUUACUAUCUUUCAUGGUUAAGAAACAGAAUACUACACAAUGACCCAGAAGUAGAAAAGAAACAAGGCUGGAUCACAGUUGGGGACUUGGAAGGCUGCAUACAUUACAAAGUUGUUAAAUAUGAAAGGAUUAAAUUCCUAGUGAUUGCCUUAAAGAAUGCUGUGGAGAUAUAUGCUUGGGCUCCUAAACCGUAUCAUAAGUUCAUGGCAUUUAAGUCUUUUGCAGAUCUCCAGCACAAACCACUGCUUGUUGAUCUCACGGUAGAAGAAGGUCAAAGAUUGAAGGUUAUUUUUGGAUCACACACUGGUUUUCAUGUAAUUGAUGUUGAUUCAGGAAACUCUUAUGAUAUCUACAUACCAUCUCAUAUUCAGGGCAAUAUCACUCCUCAUGCCAUUGUCAUCUUGCCUAAAACAGAUGGAAUGGAAAUGCUUGUUUGCUAUGAGGAUGAGGGGGUGUAUGUAAACACCUAUGGCCGGAUAACUAAGGAUGUGGUGCUCCAAUGGGGAGAAAUGCCCACGUCUGUGGCCUACAUUCAUUCCAAUCAGAUAAUGGGCUGGGGCGAGAAAGCUAUUGAGAUCCGGUCAGUGGAAACAGGACAUUUGGAUGGAGUAUUUAUGCAUAAGCGAGCUCAAAGGUUAAAGUUUCUAUGUGAAAGAAAUGAUAAGGUAUUUUUUGCAUCCGUGCGAUCUGGAGGAAGUAGCCAAGUGUUUUUCAUGACCCUCAACAGAAAUUCCAUGAUGAACUGGUAACAGAAGAGCACUUGGCACUUGUCUUCAUGGUGUUGUUUCUAAUUAAAAGAACAUAACUCAUGUGGACUUAAGCCAGUCUAGAGCAGAAUCAGAAGGCUUGGUUGAACAUACCGAUUUCCCCUUUUCCUCUCCCUCCCCCUGUCCCAGUACAGUCCACAGUCCAUCUUUCAAUGUUGCAGCCUGGUUGAGAAGGAGAGAAAAACGUGGCAGGAAUUUCCAGGAGACCCCCAAGAAUGCUGCAUUGUUUGUGGACAGAUAUGGACCAUGUGCCCUUCGGAGUUA